CUUGGGAUGUUGGUACUGUCAUGAACCAAGCUAAAACUCAAACAAAAUGGUGAGUGUUACUAAAGGAGUUGUCUUGUUAUCUUUGCUUUGUUUUAAUGUGUUUGUAGUAAAUGUGAUUGCUAAAGAAGUGGUGAGUACGAAAGAGGAGGAAGAGAAGUACUUAACACAGGGAGGUGGCUUUGGAACUGGGGGCGGGGGUGGUUUCGGUGGUGGUGGUGGUUUUGGAGGAGCUGGAGGUGGUGGUGGAUUCGGAGGUGGGCAUGGUGGAGACUUUGGUAAAGGUGGUGGAUAUGGUGGUGGGAUUGGCAAAGGAGGAGGUGUUGGUGGUGGAAUUGGGAAAGGUGGUGGAUACGGAGGUGGCAUAGGAAAGGGUGGUGGGAUUGGCAAAGGAGGAGGUGUUGGUGGUGGAAUCGGAAAGGGUGGAGGAUACGGAGGUGGCAUAGGAAAAGGUGGUGGGAUUGGCAAAGGAGGAGGUGUUGGAGGUGGAAUCGGAAAGGGUGGAGGAUACGGAGGUGGCAUCGGAAAGGGUGGUGGGAUUGGCAAAGGAGGAGGAUAUGGAGGUGGAAUUGGUAAGGGAGGAGGCCAUGGAAUUGGUGGUGGGAUUGGCAAGGGUGGUGGAGUCGGUGGAGGAAUUGGAAAGGGUGGCGGGAUUGGAAAAGGUGGUGGAUUUGGCGGUGGUACCGGAGGUGGAUUUGGCAAGGGUGGUGGUUUUGGAGGUGGAGUAGGUGGUGGAGCUGGAGGUGGAAAGGGUGGUGGUUUUGGUGGAAAUGGACACCAUUGAUAUAACAAGCUUCGCGAUGCAUGCAUGCAUGGAUCAAAAUGCAAUAUAUAUUUAUUAAUCCAAAAUGAGGCAUAUAUAUAAAUAUUGUUUUGCCUCUUCCUAUGCGCUCUACCUACUUUAAUGUUUGACAACAAAAUAAAUAUAUGUGAGUUUCAAAAUAUCAAAGAUGAAUAUGUUUUAUUUUAUCAUAA